UACAAUACUUAUGCACAUUUCACCCGUGUUUGAAGUAUAUAUUUAAAAAAAUAAAAAUAAAAAUGUACAAAUAUUUUUUUAAAUGAAUGAAUGAUGACACAACGUCUUUCCAUCCCGAUAGUUAUUGUUUCUGUUGUCAAGUGUAAAAAUAAAAGAAGAAAAAAAAGCCGUGCGAUGGGCGGGACUUUCCGUUGACACAGUGAUGACGCAUAUUUCGAGCGACUGCACCGCGCGCUGUUUGGAGGAGGAUUCUUCAGUGAGUUUUUUUAGCGGUGCAAAUAUUGCUUUUUACGGUUAAAUUCGUACAUAUUUCUCUACCGUUGAGCAAUACGCGGUACCGGCAUGUUUACCCCCCGCGCCAACCCGAGCUCCGGCCGCCGGCAGCAGGGCAGGACCACCGGGAGGAAGAGCGUCUCCGGUGCGGCCGCCAGUCUGCUGUUCUCCCCGCGCAGGACGCCUCUGUCCGCGAGGUCAACACCCACCCGAGUGCAGAGCCAUUCAGCUGCAGAUUCAGUCAACUAUGACGUGCAAACCUUUGGCUCGUCGCUGCCUGUCAAAGUGAUGGAGGCACUGACGAUGGCUGAUGUUGAUGACCACAUCUCAGUGAAGGUGAAUGAGAGCGGCUGGGCCUGGAUGGUUUGUGGAGAGAGACUGAUCCUCUGGAAGAUCUGCCAGACCGCUGUGGCCAAGCUGUCGGUGUGUAAGGAGCUGCAGCUGCCCAGCAGUGAGUACAACUACACAGCCGACCUCGUGGCCGUGUCGUCCGCCGCUCCUCUGGAGACGGCCCCCGUUCAGUCCAUCUCCGUCCUCGCCGUGGCUGCGGAGGGAACGGCUCGCUUGUGGACCAGCCUAGCCCAGGAGGGCAACUACACAGAGACGGACGUGGACCUUGGAGAUCUCUGCAACUUUGUUGUUGCCGUCAAUGGCGGAAGCUUCGUCUUGUCCUCAAUGAAGGGUCGGCUGUUGAGAGCGAGUGCCGAUUCCUCGGGGAAGCUGCAGUACCGAGCGCUGCAGCAGGGUCAGGGAAUGCUCUCCGGCAUCGGACGCCGUGUCUCCAGCCUGUUCGGCAUCCUCUCCCCGCCAGCCAACGACACACUCCACAGUGUGCUGUGGGUGGGCGGAGCCAGCAGCCUCUACACGCUGACCAGCUCCAGACUGAGUAAAUGGGAGGUGGACGACAGCUGGGAGCACCAGAUCCUCAGCUGGGACGCCCAGCGAGCGCUGACCGAGAGCAUCGCCGACGCCAUCUGGGGGUCAGAGAGCAACUACGAGGAGCUGAAGGAGGGAGCGAACGUAACGUACCUGGACAUGAAGCACAGCCAAGCCGGCCUGGUGGUUUUGGCUGCAGCCUGGCACCCCUCAGACACUCCCUGCCUGGCUUACUACUGCCUGGUCACCCUGCAGGACAACGGAGCCGCCAUCUCCGACCAGUUCACCGUGGAAGUCACCAAGUACAACCCUCCAUUCCAGAGUGAGGAGGCUCUGCAGGCCACUCGGCUGGCGUUGCCGCGCUCCCCCGGCUCCACCGCCUUCCUGUAUACCGAGGAGCUGGUGUUUGCUUGCUCCACGGGAACCAGCAGGGGAGGACUACCCGAUGAGAAAAUCAGCUUCAACUCACCCGGUGAUGGUGUUCGUGGAGGAGGCUGCUGCGUCAACCUGCCCGUGUUUUUCUCCCAGAACAGCGGCCUGGUGGCGGUGGUGGCCCGGGAGAGCGCCUCCAUCCUGCCGGAGACGAUGGAGGACUCGCUGUGCUCCUCGCUGACUGCAGCUCCGGAGGUUUCAGUCAUGGAGACUCCAACCAGAGCAGAGCCUGUAGCUCAGGAGGACAAGACCAAACUCCUGAAGAUGGCUUUCCUGCAGUUCUGCCGUAACGAUCUGGUGGGUGCUCAGACGGUCACAGACGAGCUCUUCCCCGCCGACGGUGACGGUGAGGAGGGAGCCGAGCUGGACGGCAUGGUGACUCGCAUCAACCUGGACCUGGUGGACGAUUACCCGGCCUCCGACCCUCGCUGGGCCGAGUCUGUCCCCGACGAGAGCGCCGGCAUUCGUCUCACCUCCCUCAUCAUCCUCCACCAGCUAGAGGACAAGAUGAAGGCCCACGGCUUCUUCAUGGACUUCCUGCUCCAGGUGGGUCUGCUGGACCGUCUUGGCCACGUGACGGUGCGCUCGUCUUCCAUGGCGACGCGCCUGCUGCUGUGCGAACACGCCGAGAAGCUUCAGGCAGCGAUGUUGCUGAAGAACCACCACACCAAACACGGCGAGCUGGUGAACCGGGCCAUCGGCAUCGCGCUGCAGAGGAACAAUGCCGCCGUACCACCCAGCCUCACUGCCGCCGACGUCUUCUUCAGAGAGGUGUCUCAGAUCUCCUCGGUGUUCGAUUGUCUGCUGGAUGAGGAGGAGCGGAGUCUGAAGGAGAACCCGGUCGACUCUGUGCAGUGGGCCGAAGUGGUUCUCACGGUCAACAACAUCAUUAAGGACAUGCUGCAGGCUGCUGGCCAGUACAGGGAGACGAAGGCCUUCAUGUACAGAACGUCUGAAAGCUCUGCUGCAGAGCCGGAGUACAGCCCAUGGACAGCGUCAGGCGCUGUUGGCGGCGUUCGCACCGUCAUCUCCCGCCAGCAUGACAUCAUCCUGCGCUCGGUUUACCCGCACGCCGACUCGGAGCUGCGCAGCGCCCUUUGCGAGCAGCUGGUGGCGCUGUUGGACAUCUACCUUGGCGGCUACGUGGCCCAGCUGACCUCGCUGCAGCAGCAGAGGCCCCCAGGGGCCCAACAGGAGCGGUAUAACAGCCUGGAGAUGGAGUACAGCCACCGGCGCUCCGAGCUGCUGGCCCCGCUGUUGGAGCUGGGUCAGUACCAGUGGGUGGCAGCGCUGGCUGAGAAGUACUGUGACUUCGACAUCCUGGUUCAGAUGUGUGAGCAGACCGACAACCAGAGCCGCCUGCAGCACUACAUGACCAAGUUCGCAGACCAGAACUUUGCUGACUUCCUGUUCCGCUGGUACAUGGAGAAGGGGAAGAGGGGGAAGCUGCUGUCACAGCCGGCCGCUCAGCACCAGCAGCUGGCCAGCUUCCUGCAGUCACACCAGCACCUGAGCUGGCUGCACCACAUCCACGUCCACGACUACUGCAGUGCCAACCGGACGCUCUACAGCCAGGCCAACAUGGAGACGCGGUACUUCGUUAAGAAGAAGACGCUGCUGGCUCUCAGUAAGCUGACGGUGCUCGCAUCCAACCUGCCGGAGGACGAACUCAACAAACAAGUCAACGACAUCGUGGAGCAGGAGCGCUUCCUGCUGCAUCAGGAGACUCUGCCCCGACAGCUGCUGGAGGAGAAGCAGCAGAACCCCGACACCAUGCCUCUGCUCAGCGCUCACAACCUCAUACAGCUGUACAUCUGCGACGACAACAGGCGAGCGAACGAGUAUGACUUCAAAAAGGCUCUGGAUCUGCUGGAGUACAUCGACGAGGAGGAAGCCGAGGACAUCGACUCGAUGAAGUGCGAGAUCUUCGGGAAAGCACUGCGAAGAGACGACUGGUCCUCGGCCGACGGGACCGACGACCCUCUGGAAGCCGCCAAAGACAGCAUCUUUGUCAAGAUCCUCCUCAAACUCAUCCAGGAAGGGGUUUCUCUGCAGACAUACCUGCCCGACGUUAAAGAGCUGCUGGAGCUGGACGACCUGAGCGGUUUGAAAUCAAAACCCUAUUUUGAAUUUGUCCUUCGAGCUAAUUAUGAACAUUACCUAGAAGUCCAGAUGUGACGACUGAUCACCUCCCGGUAACGACCGCUUUUUGCACUUCGGCUUUCAUUCGCGUUCUAAUGAUUUUCAAGAUUUGUUUGAAUUUUUCUCUUUUCUCAAUAAAUGUGUUAUUUCUGUAGAUAGACUGCUGUUUGUUUGUUUUUUAAACGGAAACAUAGUUAAGAAUAGUUUUUGCAGAAAUUGCAGAUAGAAAAGUUAUUCUUCACACAAAGAUUUUUCUCAGAAAAACAAAACUGUGUCGUUUACUGACAUCGAGUGACGUUUCUGAAGCACUGUUUUAAAAUGAAAAAUAACAAAACAAAAUAAAUCUCAGAACAUAGAAUUUGCUACAAGUACAGUAAAUAAAUGUUUUUACUUCGCUACAAGUACGUGCUUCAGUGACUUUGCAGAUUCCGAUUAAAAAUACAAUGUAUCCUCUGCAGGAAUGUGGUUUAUGUGUCCGUUUACUUUCUGCUCUCCGUUGGCUUCUUGCCCGUCCGAUAUCUAAACCUUCAGGACUGGAAAGUGACAGAAACCCGAUCCUGUAGACUCCAGAAGCUGGCCUGCAUUAGUCAGGACUUCCUCCUGUUUGGUGAUGAGGGGCAGAUGUUGGUUAUAAAUAGUUAUUUUUGGACCGACCGACUGCCACCACUGACGGGGAUCCUCUGUUAUGAUCCACUUUCACAGCUACACCGCGGCCGCAGACGGCGUCCAGGGUCCCGCUCGGCUAAAAAUAGAAGUAGGUGAGAUUACGGACAUCAGCUCCACAUUACUGUUCUGUUGUGCUCUUAACUGGAGAGCUAAACCUUCAACAGGUGGGAACACGUAAUUCAGUCUUAUCUAAUCACACUCUAACACUGUAUAGCACUGCAGAGGGUCUUAUUCAACUCUCCUAAUAUAGGUCAAAAUAUUUAAGGAAUCUGCUUUAUUGGCCGUGUAUGUGGACGCAUACGAGGAAUUUGACUCCGGUUUUUACAUCGCUCUCAACUUACAUACAUAGAAUAUACAAAUAAAUAUAAAAACAACAAGGUAGAACAGAGGUAAGCAUUAACAUUUAACUAUGUACAAUAUCAAAUGUAAAUAUAUAUCCAAAAGUAUAUAUAUGAGCGUCACUGUGUGGACGUAGUGGUUGGCUUCCAGCUGAGCAGCACGAACUCCAUGAAAUAAAUCUAAAGAAACAAAAUCCUUCUCAAGCCGAGAUAAGAACCAUAUUUAUUUAUGUUUUUAAAUCAAACCACGUUAAUUUACUGAGUCGACAUGGUGAUAGGACAACGGCUACACUUCACUACAUUUUUGUCGAUUUUCAAGAUAUACAUUAAAAAUCAACCAUAAAAUACAAUGAAUACACACACGCAU